GUUGCUUUGACGGACACUUUCAAGUGUUUCAACACUUAAAGGACUACAGAGGAAGAGCUUAGCAGUAUUGACUCCACAGGAACAAUUCUUCUCUUAAAGACUUAAAUAGAAAACAAAAACAAAAGCAUUGAAGAAUUAUGAAAAUCACCGUUUUCUUUGCUGUGCUGUUCUUGCUCAAUCUCUUUGUUUGCUGUCAUACAUAUGACCAAUAUCCCUUGCCUGACAUAGAAGAUGCAAAGUUCAUAGAAGACUGUGUGAGAGUUCACAAUGAGUUCCGAUCCAAAGUGAAUCCUCCAGCCAGCAAUAUGCUUCGUAUGUCCUGGGACCCUGCUUUAGCUAAGUCUGCCAAAGUGUGGGCAAAGAAGUGCAUGUUUGAGCACAACAUCUACCUUAAAAUACCACAGAAGGUGCACCCCACCUUUACACCUAUUGGAGAAAACAUCUGGACUGGCACCGCCACCGUCUUUUCUGUGCGCUUAGCUCUGACUGACUGGUUUAAUGAAGUCAGCAACUACGAUUUCAACACCCGUCGCUGCACUGGCAAGUGUGGUCACUACACCCAGGUUGUUUGGGCAACGAGUUACAAAGUUGGCUGUGCAGUUCACUUCUGCCAUAGAAUUUACAAUCUUCAAGGAUUCAACAAUGUGGCGCAUUUUGUUUGUGACUAUGGGCCAGCGGGGAAUUACCCAACAAAACCUUAUAAAGCAGGACAGCCAUGCAGUGAAUGCAGAAACGACCAGUGUGUAGACAAUCUCUGUGUAAAUGCAGAACGUGAGAAACUGAUAAGUUAUGCCAACUGGUAUCCAGACUGGGACACUCAGCCCCAGCCACCACAGUCCCGUCCCCCACAGCCUCCAGUCCCUCGACCUCCAGCCCCUCGACCUCCAGCCCCUCGACCUCCAGCCCACACACCCCCAGCUGGGCAGCUGCAUUCUUACUGUGACCACUACUGUGUUGCUGUCUUGAUUUUAAGGCCAUUAUUUUUGGUACUGUGUCCUGUAGGUGUUCUUUUAGCACAGCGGUGGUUUCCACACAUGUUUAUAUAUGUGUAAUGAUUGUUAAGAUACUGAUAGUGAUUCUACAAUUCCAUUAGAGAACUGCAUGUUUGAUAAAAAACAGUCAUCCUUGCUAUA